AUGGCCGAGGCCGCCGCCUCGUCCGCGCUCCUGGAGCUCACGCUCGUGGGCACGGCACUUGCGCAGAAGCGCGCGUCCAGGAUCCUGGAGAUCCUCCGCGCCGACGAGGGCAAGCAGGUCACAGACGACGUCUCAGGCGUCGUGGCGACGGUGUCGGCGCCGCAGGAGCGCAGGUGCCGCGGGGAGGAGGAGUCGGUGGACGGGGAGUUCGACGACGCCGGCAUGAGCGCCGAGAAGCGCGCCGUGCGGCAGCUGGUUCAGUAG